CCAGUUCGGCUUUUCCGCGAAGCUCCAAAAAUCUAUGAAAUGUGUUUGCAUGUUCCUCUCUGCAAGCGGGGAUGUAGAGGUGGGAUUGCAAGGACCGAGAAAGCUGGGGGAACCCACGCGUUCAGCCUCUGAGAAAGUACGCUUUUCUAAAAUAACUGACGGUGAAUAUUUUUUUUCUUUUCACAUUUGUCAUUAACAGACAGAUACUCUGUAGGAUUGUGUUCUCGGAGAAUAAGAUAUUUUUUUUCUACCCUUUUCUGUUUUUUGUUACCAUUCUGCACGGCAGGCUGAGAAACGGACCGCUCGGACUGUGGGAGCCCUCCCCUCUGCUCGGAUCUGCUUUGGUAGUUUUCCAGAUGGCCCAUGGAAAAAUGUGGAUGAGGGCUGAGCUGUAGUGCGGGCAGAAGGCUCCACGGCCUGCCUGUUGUCAGCUGGCUGAUCGGUUCAUCAAGGUGAGGCACCACUCUCACCAGGGCACAGAACGGACCAAGGAAAGACCUUUGCUCCCCCUCCUCGCUCACCCCUGUCCCCUUUCCACCCUCACUCCCAACCCAGGCGUGUACACUCUGGACCAUGUCUCGCGGGCUGUCGGAGGGGGGCCGGACAGAGGACCUGGAGCGGAGUAGCUGCAAACAGGACUCGCCUAUUAUAGAGCGCAGGAACCGCAGUGGCAUCAUCAGUGAGCCCCUCAGUAAGAGCCUUAAGAACUCCCGCACCCUCUCCCAGUAUACCCUCUCCUCUGCCACAACCAAUGGACACACAGACAGUAGUGAGACUAAGAGCCACUCAGCCAAGCCUCAGCCACCCCCGCAGCCCCAGCCCACUGUCUCUGCAUUGACAGCAGCCAAGUUGGAUCGGACCCUGGAACAGGUUCUGGAGGGACAGAAUGGCCUGCUGCACUUUGCCCAGGCAGCAGCACUGUUAAAGCGGGCCGGUAUGGAGCACAUGCUCCUUCCUGGGGGCAUGGGAGUGGGAGUUGGCGGUGGAGACGCAGGCUCGGGGGCUAGCGAUUUGGAGGGUACGUCUGUCACGGACGCCGUAGGUGGUCCUGUUGACUUCCCAUAUGGAGUAGGGGGUGGCUUCCCCUUCAACCCGGGGCUUUUCAUCAUGACGCCUGCUGGAGUGUUUCUGGCGGACAGUGCUCUACACAUGGCCAGCCUGGCUGAGUACCCAGCUCAGAGUGAGCUGGCCUCUGCUAUCAACUCCGGUAAAAAGAAACGAAAACGUUGCGGCAUGUGCCCACCUUGCAGAAGGCGGAUUAACUGCGAGCAGUGCAGCAGCUGCCGGAAUCGCAAAACAGGCCACCAGAUCUGCAAGUUUCGCAAAUGUGAGGAACUGAAGAAGAAACCCUCUGCUGCUCUGGAGAAGGUGAUGCUUCCUACCGGAGCGGCGUUCCGGUGGUUCCAGUAGGACUCCUCCUCAACUCCCUACCCAAAGCUCUGCCAUCAAGUGCAAUGCCAACUCCUGGAUUGUCUCCGGAACAGACACUGGCUAAUAAACAAACAAGUAACAAAUAAAAUCAUAGUAAAAACAGCAGCAACAACAAAAAAACAAAACAGUGACAACAAAAAAAAAAAAAAAAAAAAAAAAAUCAAUCGGGUAACGGAUGCACCUACUUAUUCCUUGAACCAAAAAUGAAGCAUAAAGAAAAGCAUCUAUGGCAACUUUCAUUCCCUUUUCUAUGUUUCCAUUUUGGUACCUUUGGUCCUUUUUCCAGCAGGAAAUUUUUUUUCUGUCACUUUUAAACAUGGAACUGUUUAUUACCAGAAACAGAAAUGACGGACUGAGUGUGGACAAUCAAGUAAUUUCUGUGUUCGGUGUUAAUGUUGUUCAUGUGUGGAAAGAUACAGUACUUGUGUAGAGAAUGUAAAUUUACAGCUAUAUUUUAAAACUAGUGGCUAAUGGCAAACAUUAUUGUAAUUCCAACCCUUGUCUAUUUUGUGCUUCAUUUCAUCGAAGAGUACUGUUUUCAGAUAGAUCAGUGGUUUGACUUUCAAAGGCAACAUUUCAAAUUUUGUCAAUUUCAGACUGAAACGAAAUGUUAUCGGGCAGAUCUCCAGAAACUCUUCACUGGGUUGAGGAUGCUGUUCGCCAGAGUCGUCGCUACUGUAAUCUCCUCAAUCAGCCCUCCUCUGCAUUUCCAACCAUUUCCUUUAGUGAAACAGGCAGCCCUCCUGAGCAUGUGCCAAUGCUGGUCAGGGCAAUAGCACUAAGAGACAGCACUUGCUCUGAGUCUACCCUACUGAACGCACUGAGAUGAGAUUACAUUUCUUUUUUAUUUGUUUGUUAUAUUUUCAUGAUUUUGUUAUGUUGCUGGGUAGCUGCAGCUUUUAAAAAUAACCAAUCUUUGUAUUCGUUUAGAAAAUUGGACAGGUUUUGUGAAUAAAAAGGAAUGCAUGUAUUUGUGUCAAAAUUUACAAUCCCAAUGUCUGUCCACUUGUCCAUUUGCAUGUUUCUUAAAAACAGCUGGUUUGACAAAAAAA